AUGGCAGCGCACAUACAAUUGAUGGAGCGUACCAGCUUUGGCAAGGAUAUUGGAGCAGAAAAAUAUGCAGCCUUAAUUGUAUUUCUCAUCCUGACAGUAGCUCUGGAAGAAGGCUUGAGAGCAAGUCUAGGCUGGUCUUCUGACUUCACUGAGAAGAGCAGCGUGCAUUUGCGGUAA